AUGUCUUCUACUAAAGAAUCAGGCCCAGAAACCCACUCAAGACGUGGCUCUUAUGUAGCCAUCGAGUUUACUCCAGAAAUCUCUCAGCAAUGUUUGAAACAAGUUGAAUUCUAUUUUUCAGAUUUCAACCUACCAUAUGAUAAGUUUUUGCGUAUGACUGCUGAGAAGAACGACGGCUGGGUUCCAAUUACUACCAUUGCGACGUUUAAUAGAAUGAAAAGAUUCAGACCAGUGGAUAAAGUGGUUGAGUCGUUACGCUCAUCCAAAAAGUUAGAAGUUUCAGAAGAUGGUGAAAAUGUGAGAAGAAUUGAACCUUUUGAUUUAGAAGGCGCCAAGAGGGCCAAAAUGGAACAAAACAAGCGUACGGUAGCUGUUAUGAACUUUGCUCAUGAGAAUGUUACUGAUAAGAUUGAAUUGCAAGAUAAAUUAGAAGAGUUUUUCUGCAAAUUCGGUCAGAUCAAUCAAUUGCGUUUGAGAAAAGAUCACACCAAGAAAUUCAACGGAACAGUUCUGAUUGAAUUCAAGGAUUUGAAAGAAGCAGAGGAAUUUCUCAAGACCUAUACCGGUGAGAGUGCUGAAACACUGUCAUUUGAAACACGUAAACUAGACGUUUUUACAAAGAAGCAAUUCGACCUUCAAAGAGAGGCAACCAGAUCCAAAAACUUUAGCGGCUCUGGUCAAAAAGCAAGGUCAUUUACUGGUCACAGAAAAAAUAUGCCAAAGGCUUCUCGUCGCCGUUCCAGUUCCAAAAAGGACUCCAAGCCUGAAAUUGAGGCGCCAAAAGCGGAAGAGAAACCAGAAGAGAUCAAUAAAGACGAAUAA